GCGCGCUUUUUCUCAACACGAACCCCGCACCACUUUUUUUUUCUUUGUGGUGCCAUAUUGUAUAGAAACGCACAUGGACGAAAGGCAACAAGAUUCACAAGUGCUUGGAAAAAGAGCACAAAAACUGAAUGCGCUCAACAAUAGAAUGGUCAACACAGUAGUGGAAUCACUUAGCCAAGAAUUUAAACAAUGCUUUGAACCAAUUGCUGAUGGUCACGAACAAGAGCUGGAAUCUUCGCAUGAUCAAAUUGUCAUGUAUUGCAGCUCGCAUCUGUGGAAACAAUUCGACAUGAUUGCAACUGACACACAGUUAAUCGACAAACUCAACAAAAUGGAAGAAGAUAUUCGACAGCAGAAAGAAAAUCCAAGCGCAAAAGCUCAACCAAGAGUCGUUCCAGAGCCAGACCAAGUCAUUCGAUCAUUACGCGUCAAACUAAAGAUGGAAGCGCUAGCAAAACUGCGUGAAGAUGAAGCAAAGUUACGAGUGGAAAAUGAGCGGCUGAUGAGCGAGAUAGCUGCAAAGACAGAAACACUUGAAAAAAAGAGGACUGAUGUGAAUACCACGCUGAAACAAUAUCAUGAGAUUAUGGGGGUUGCAAGAUCUAUACCAGUGGAGGAAUUGGAGGCAGUCGUCGAUCAGAUAUCCUAAUUAAUUCCCUUUGUGCUCUUUUUCGUUCACCCCUAAUUUAUCCAUAUGUAAAUAUUUCCAUCCUAUCAUAAUCCUUGCAUGCACACCGUAAAUCAUAUAUGUUUAUUGUUCAAACUCUAUAUAUAAUGGAUACAAUUUUCUAUUAACCUCAUCAUCUCGCCAUGACUGGGUAAGGCACAACAACGUUCUGCAUCUGUCUGGAUUGAUUGUGGAUAUAAAC